AUGAACGGAGCUACCGGAGGAGCUGCCGUGCUGCUGCUGCUGCUGUUCUACGGCAGGGUUGCGUUCACUGCUGCCCGGUCCCUGAACGCACCGCGGGACCGAGCGGUUCAGCCUCUGGACGGACAGAAGGACGGUACCGACAGCCUGACCGCAGCCGUGACAGAUGAACUGUUACAGCAGACGAGCUCGUCCUCCGAAAACAACAGGAAGAAGAGGAACGUCCUGGAUACCAGUCCUUCCAGGAAGAUGUGUGGACAGACGCCGGGCGUCUCCCUGCUGGACAAGACUCGUCCUUUCUUCCUGGUGGGGGGGCAGAGGAGGAGCCUCGCUGAAGCUCUGCAG